AGUUUCCUUUGAAUUCGGUGGUAAUGUCACCUCCUCCGAUUUCUCAACCACCUUUAAUCUCCAUCUCCAACUGGACGAUCGUCGUUCAGUGGGCUCGACAGGAUCUUUCCCAGAUCGACACUCGUCGAUCCCUUCCUUUCCCGCAUUCGUUAUCGGCGUUGACGCGGCGGCGGUGGUUAGAUACUCGAUUGCGAUCUAGAUUGACUGGCGCUGAUGGCAUCGCCGCCACUGAUCAUCUUCAAGAAACUUCCUGGAUCGACGAUACUCUGCCGAAUUUGCUCUGGGAGAAUCUAUGCCGGCCGGAGUCAGAAACGUUUGUCAAUCGCUUCGAUGGUCACGCUCUCCCUGGGGAUUUGGUAAGAGGGGCUGCAGUCACCAGGUCUAUAAAAGGCGACCCUCUGCUCGCCAAAAUCAUCCACAAAAAUGCUACCUCGAUCCCUUCAACAUGA